UUUAGUUUCAAUACCAACUCUAGCCCUCUAUAUUCCAUCACUGCUCUACCAUCCCCCCUUCAACUUCACUAUGAUGCUUGGAUCCCUAUUUGGCGGGCAAAUGCCCGGCCAGCAACAGCAAAUGUUUGAUCCGUUCACCAUGCAGCGGCAGAUGAUCCAGCAGCGCAAUGCCAACUAUGUGCUGCGCGUGCGUGCAGGCCCCAACACUGAGACAAUGCAAAAUAUUGAUGUCAACUACGAGCACACGCCGCUGCGCAUUCGAGACGCCCGAGUUCAAGGGCUACAUCAGCCGACCCCUGCCAUCCGCCACCGACCACAGCCUGCAUACUUUGCCAACGGGUUCAGCCGGCGCGCGCUCUACUCGAUCCAGAUUGUCGGGCAAUUCCUGAAAUCGGGGCUGACGGCCGACGACAUCAUCUUUGGCAACUUCUUCGACCGCAGGCUCGAUCUGCCGCCGUUCUCGGGGCUCUACGAGUGGUUCAUGAAGCGCAUGGACCGAACGCUGAUCCUCGACAUGAAGUCUGACAAGCCCUCAGCGUGCAGCCCACUCCUGGCGACGGUCCAGAAGCUGUCGACGUGGAAGACCAACCAGCACGGUCCACCAGCCACCAGCGUACCCGAGAUCAACACAAAGAUACUGCGCGAAAUCCAGCCCAUGGAGGGUGUCUUUGACGAGAGCGGACGGGUCGCCGAGAACUUCCCGAUCAAGGACCAUCUCAACACCGAGUCCAAGAAGCGCCGCCAGUGGUUUGAGCGCACGUCCCACCGCCAGCACUGGAAAAUCAAACCCGACGACGUGUACGCGUGCGAUUUCUACUCGCCCUUCAUCGAUGUCAACAACCAGUGCGUGCGCAUGCCAAACUCGAUCGUCGAACCCAUGCCGUACUUUGACCCCGACACGCCGCUGCGCUACGAGUGCCGCACCCGCGAUGGCCGCCACACGUUCUUUGCCGUGCAGUUCGAGCUGGUGCCGGCGUCGCGUGCCAGGGUGGAAAUGAGGGCUGGCAUGCCGCGCAGGCGCGUGUACCGCGACAGCGGCUAUGAGCGCGAUAUCCUGGAUCCGCCGCCGCCCUAUACGCCGAGCGCCGAUGGACAGCUGAGGCCUGCGCUUUGGCCGCGCUCU